UAGAGAAAGCUUUGAAGGAUCAGGUGCAGUGUUUUGGGGGCUCCGUGCUACUCUUUGGUUUCCACCAGUGCUAGCAGAUAAUAAAACCCAACAAACACCGCGAGAACACCGGCAACGGCCCAGAGUGCUGGAGACUUGACCCACCUCGGGCGGUGGCGCCCCUCGCCUCCUGCAGUUGGUACAUCCUGGCGGUGUCUCCCUCCCCCCGCGGUGUGCGUUGGUUUCGCCCCCGUGACGCCUGCGCCUGCGCUUCUUCUCCUCCCGGUGGUGCCCAGCUUCAGGCGCCAGUCCUCCGGCCGCCCAGCUCCUGACGUGGUGCCAAAUCUCGUGACCCCAGCACCGGGAGGAGGGGCUCGGCCAAACACCCGCGCUGGUCGAAAGAAGGAUGCCACGGAGAAAGAAAAAAGUUAGAGAAGCCUCUGAAGCUCAGAACCUGGAGAAUAAAGAGGCAGAAACUGCCAGUUCGGUCACCGUGAAGAGGAAGCGUAAAUUUGAGGAUGCAUUCAUUGUGAUAUCUGAUAGUGAUGGAGAGGAACCGAAGGAGGAAAAUGGAUUGCAGAAAAUGAAGACAAAACAGUCGAAUAGAGGAAGAUGUUUGGCUAAAAGAAAAAAAAUUGCACAAAUGACAGAAGAAGAACAGUUUGCUCUGGCUGUCAAAAUGAGUGAGCAGGAAGCUAGAGAGGUAAACAGCCAGGAGGAGGAAGAAGAGGCACUCCUGAGGAAGGCCAUCGAGGAGAGCCUGAAUAGUUGCCGGCCUUCUGAUGCUUCUGCUACCAGAUCUCGACCUUUGGCCACUGGACCAUCUUCACAGUCCCACCAAGAGAAAACCACAGACUCUGGGACCACUGAAGGCAUAUGGCAGCUGGUACCUCCAUCACUGUUUAAAGGCUCACAUAUCAGUCAGGGAAACGAGGCUGAGGAAAGAGAGGAGCCUUGGGACCACACUGAAAACACUGAAGAGGAGCCGGUCUCUGGCAACUCAGGAAGCUGGGACCAGUCAAGCCAGCCAGUAGUUGAGAAAGAGAACGUUAAAUGUUUUGACAGAUGCACUGGCCACUUGGCUGAGCACACACAGUGUGGGAAGCCACAGGAAAGUACUGGGAGGGGAUGUGAUUUUCAUGAAGUUGCCCAGGGCAGGGGGGACACAUCUAGGCACUGUCUGUCUGCCUUGGCAGAUGCACAAGGUCUCCAGAACAGGGGGGGCACUGUGCACUACUUCUGGGGUAUUCCAUUUUGCCCAGCUGGAAUAGACCCUAACCAGUAUACCAAGGUCAUUCUCUGCCAGUUGGAGGUUUAUCAAAAGAGCCUGAAAAUGGCUCAGAGGCAGCUCUUAAAAAAAAAAGGAUUUGGUGAACCAGUGUUACCUAGACCUCCUUCUCUGAUCCAGAAUGACUCUGACCAAGGCAAUCAGGCUAGUGAAAAUGAAAAAAAUGAAGGUGUCUCAGAAGAUACAGGAGACGAAGACAAAGAGGAGGAGAGGCAGGAGUCUAGGGCAUCUGCCUGGCACUCAAAGCCCAAGAAUUUCCAGGAAAGCCCAAUUAAAAGCUUAAAAGAGAAACUUUUGUUGAAGGAAGAACCAACAACCAGUCAUGAGUCUUCCCAAGGGCUGUUUGCAGAGGAAACUUCAGAAGAAGGAAACUCUGUACCUGCCUCUCAAAGCAUUGCUGCUUUGGCCAGUAAGAGAAGCUUAGUCCUUAUGCCAGAGAGUUCUGCCGAGGAAAUCACUGUGUGUCCUGAGACACAGCUAAGUUCCCCUGAAACUUUUGACCUUGAAAGAGAAGUCUCUCCAGGUAGCAGAGAGUCCCUGGAUGAAGUAAGAAUAAUAAUGGCAGAUAAGGAGGUUGGUAACAGGGAAGAUGCUGAGAAGGAAAUACCUAUUGCUACCCUCUCAUCUAGUACCAAGGUAUCCUGCCCACUAUGUGACCAAGGCUUCCCACCCACGAAGAUUGAGCGACAUGCCAUGUACUGCAAUGGGCUGGUGGGGCAAGAUACAGUGUUGACUUGGAGAAAAAUAGAGGCCCAGAGCAAGAGCGGCAGUGGGACGGCUGCCCUGGCUCCCCUGGACAUUGAGAAGAAUGAGAAGUGUUAUCUCUGUAAAUCCCUAGUCCCAUUCAAAGAGUACCAGUGUCAUGUUGAGUCCUGUCUCCGGCUUGCAAGGUGUGACCAAGGAGACGGGCCUGCAGAGAGUGGGAGAGCACACUCAGCUGUGCAGGGGAAGCAGCAGCAGUGGCCGAGGAACCUGAAGGAAAAAGGGCGCAGUGAAGGCCGACUCCUCAGUCUCUUAGACCAGUCGGAACAGAAGACUGAAGAUGCAGAGAUAAAGACCAAGUCUUCAGAAACAGUGGCUUUCAGGGUGCCCUCACCGGGGAUGGAAGAGGCUGGCUGCAGCAGAGACGUGCAGAGCUCCCUCGCACAGCUCGACUUAACUGAGUCUCCCAUCAAGUCUUUCGUUUCCAUUUCAGAAGCCACAGAUUGCUUAGUUGACUUUAAAAAGCAGUUUACUGUCCGGCCAGGUAGCCGGACACGGACCAAAGCAGGCAGAGGAAGAAGGAGAAAAUCCUGAAUUUCUAGGGUCUGGAGGCUGACAAAAGCAUGAGGAGUAGGGGAGGCCAUGCUCACUAAGUCUUGGUGGCCCAGUUCAUUGCUGAGCAGGUUGUGGCCCUGCAGUCCCCACCAUGAGCACCCGCUCGGCGUUCCGGUUUCGUGUUCUGUAUGAUCUGUACGGACAUCAGUGUAUAGUGUUCUGUUUUAUAACAGCCUGUUCGAAUUUGCUUAUAGUUCAAAGAAAAUUUAAAUAUAUUUAUCUAUGUUUGUAUGAAAUCUUAUUUCAGUGAGAUGGAGCUUCCUUUUUCCCCUCUGUAUUACAGGGUCUGGGGAGGGGCUAUUUGAAUUGUGGAGCUAGUUCUCAGACAUAAAUUUCAUGUUUCUGAA